AUGAUCUUCAAGCAGGUGCUCCUGGUACUCUCGUCCCUCUGCCUGGCAUGCUCUGGUUCGCCUCUGGAUCAGAUGCAUCGUGCCUUGGGUAAUCUUUUCAAGGACCAUGCAAACACGACUAUAAUCCAAGUUAGGCAUUUUGAUCCUGACGAGUACAUGCUGCCUAUAGAUCCAGGUUCUGGUCAGCAGAAAAUUAUUCCUAUUGCAACAAAUGGAGCAACGGUUGUUAAGCUCUUUGUUCGUACGACAGGCCCCGCUCCAGCGGAGCCCGAUCCAUUCUCAGGGACAGACGUCGGGGUUGAACUCUGGUUCCCGGAUCCCGAUACCUGGACUAGUCGAAUUAUCAACUUUGUCGAUGACGCCUUCCAAGGAAGUCCAUUCGUCACACUCCCAGAUAUGUCUGGACUGCCCAUGUACCCUACUAUCCAGUACUCGGAAUGGGCAUCGAAGAUGGGUUUUGUGGCUGCUAUCUCCAAUGGAGGCCACUUCUCGAGAUAUCCCUUUCCAUCAUGGUACCUCCCGUCAGUCAACACAUCAUACCUUCUGACUGCCGACAAUCAAUACAAUGAUGAGGGCUGGAAGAACUUCGCUUAUCAAGGCAACCACAUCAUGGCAGAAGUCUCCAAACAAAUCUCAAAAGAAUAUUAUGGCAAAUCGCAUAAUUCAGCAUACCUAGCUGGGUGUUCAACCGGCGGUCGCCAAGUUUAUCAGAUCGCUCAGGACAUACCUGAAGAUUACGACGGGUAUCUCGUUAGUGCCCCGUCGUUCAAUGGCAGUUACUUCUAUGGCAGCAUAGCCUAUGAUAACAUUGUGGUGAACAAUGAUCUGGUUCCCAUCAACGAGACUAUUUCGGAAAUCCAACUGGAGAUUGUGUCUCAGAAGGCCGUGGCUCACCAUGAUACUGUGAUCACUGGCCAGCACGACGGGUACAUCACCGAAUGGCAACACAACGAUUACGAUCCCACAAAAGAUCCUUCCGUUCUGCGCCUCGAAGACGGCGGACAUUGUAACGAGACAUGGGCACUUUCACUUACUCAAGCGAAAGCCUUGAACAAGAUAUGGUAUGGUGUUACCGUUGACGGCUCGGUCCCCGAUGUUGCAGAGGACAAUGGAAUGAACUUAGUCCGUCCAACAAACCAGCUCUAUUGGGGGAAGGCACGUGGAUCACAACUUCAGUUCGUUAACACCUUAUGUCAGGUGCCAGGCUUGGUCUGGCCUCUAUUGUUCUUGAACAGGACUCUUGGCGAUCCAGGGUAUUUUGAGGGAGGACAAAAUGUUUGGAAAGAUUUUUCAUACAAGCAGUUUGCGGACUAUGUCAAAAAGGCAGCCGAGGAAGAUAUUGACAAAAAGCACCUCUACAACAUGGACAUCCUCAACCCAGAUCUGCGAAAGAUCCAAAGUCUCGGGAAAAAGAUUCUCGUUUACCAUGGUACGGCAGACUACACUUCACCUGUAGGACACGUUGCUCUUUACUACGAAGAGUCUGCUGAAUAUACCGGAGGAAUGAUCAAGACGGCGGAUUUCCAUAGGGUCUUUUUUGUGCCUGGUAUGACGCACUGCUCCUUGACAUCCAACCAAGCAGGGCAAGCUGCCAUACCUUUCCCAUCGGCGCUUGAGCUUAUUGGGAAGCUGGUCGCUUGGGUUGAAACAGGAGUAGCGCCAGAUCACAUCAUGGCUACAACGCCGGAUGAAAAGAAGAGUCGCCCUAUAUGCCCUUACCCAAAGCUCCCCAAGUACGAUGGUGUUGGGGAUGUAAAUAGUGCAACUAGCUUUUCCUGCUGA